CGCGCGUCGUCGCUAACUACUCUCUCGAUGGACCACUUCCCGACAAACUGGGGCCGCCCCCGCAAUGACACUUGGGACCCAUAUGCGACAUACCCCAUCCACCAGCGACCACAGAACCACCAACCGAAAGACAGAUUCGCUGAGGGCGUACAACACACUCAGCAGCCAAUCGUGACGGGCACGAGUGUACUGGCUAUCAAGUUCAAGGACGGGGUGAUGAUGGCGGCGGACAACCUCGCUUCAUAUGGCUCCCUUGCCCGAUUCCGCGACAUCCAGCGAUUGCACCCUGUGGGAAAAUACACCGUCCUCGGGGCCGGCGGCGACAUGAGCGACUUCCAGUACAUCCAGAGCAUCCUCGACGAGCUCAUCGUCGACGAGCUUGCCGCUGCGGACGGUCACACGCUUGGCCCGAAAGAGAUCCACAACUACCUCGCGGAGGUGAUGUACUCGCGCCGCUCGAAUAUGAACCCGCUCUGGAACUCGCUGUUGGUCGGCGGGUAUAAAGACGGGAAGAGCUUCCUUGCAUACGUCGAUUUACUGGGCACAACCUAUACCGCAUCGACCCUUGCGACAGGCUACGGAGCCUACAUCGCCCAGCCGCUGCUUCGCCGGGCCGUUGAGGGCCGCGAGAAUGAGCUCACCGCCGACGAGGCGCGCAAAAUCCUCGAGGACAGUAUGCGUGUCUUGUUCUAUCGCGAUGCGCGCAGUUUGGACCAGUACCAAAUUGCGACGAUUACGGCGGACGGGGUGCAUAUCACCGAGUCGCGCAAGUUGGAGACGGCAUGGUCGUUUGCGGAGGGCAUUCGUGGCUAUGGUGCACAGACGCAGUAG